UCGUGGCAUAUGGUCUGAGUACAGCCGUAUGUCCUCUACGAGCAGUGAACUUUCUGUGGAAGAUGUACAAGACCCAUUCCUUGUUAGUGUACAUAUUAUCACAGACCCAGGAGAAUCUAAGACUCUCCAGCAAGCCAUCGAUAAGCUUCUAGCCUGGAUCCAUCCAGACCUCCAGCUGUUUCGAGUCUCAGAGAGACGAGCAUCACAGAAGCGCAGGAAGCAAGGUAAGGUUGGUGUUUCUCAGCCAGCCCUUGCUAUCAUUCUGUUUCUGCAGGAGGAGUAUGGAGAAGAGCCCAUCUUGCAGCUCCAUGAAAGCUUUCAGCGGCCACCUUGGCAUUACCAUCACACAGAGCGAGUGCAUGGGAAGUUCCUGCCUUACAUGCCAUGCAGCCAGGACUUCUACACUUUGGCUCCAGGGACUCCUCUGUGGGCCAUUCGCCCAGUGCAUUAUGGAAGAGAAAUUAUCCGCUUCACCAUAUACUGCAGGAAUGAAAACUUUGUUGACAUUUUGAAAUUGUAUGAAUUAAUCCUGAAAAGACCGGUAUGUCAGAAAAAAGCAGACUUUUGUGUUUUCCCUGUCUAUUCUAACAUGGACAUAGACAUUCAAUUUUCUUUAAAAAAACUCCCAAAGGGCCAAAUUCCAGCCCCGACUGAGUCAGCAGUGCUGGAGUUCAGAGUAAAAGAUGUUGGACAGCUUGUUCCUCUCUUGCCCAACUCCUGCAGCCCAAUCAGUGAAGGCAGGUGGCAAACUGAAGACCACGAUGGAAAUAGGAUCCUUUUGCAGCAAGCAUCUAGUUGGUACAGGAAAUCUGCAAAGCAGAACAAGCUACUGUAUCCAUCUGUGUCAACAGAUUCCCGCCUCACCCCUUUGCCAGCCUGUCUUCCUCAGAGCCACCAAUCUGUCCCUGAGCAACCAAAAGAAAUGGGUCAAAACAAGGUGCAUCACACAAAUGGCCUUGGUCAUUACCUUGGUUUCUCCCAGCAGGACUUGAGACACAGUGAUCAAGGAGACUUCACACGCAGAUCCAGCAGUGCCUCCAGCAUUUCCUGGUCAUUUCAACGAAGCAAGUCUCUGUUCUGCUUGCCCACAACGAGCUCCUCUUCAGCCUCAGAGACUUUUCAUUUCAGUGAACCAUUUCAGUUUUUAAAUCCUGGGUCACCUGCAACCAGGUUAAAAACGUGGAGAUGCAGCCCCAGGCUUAACAUUGAUGACUUGGAGGGUGCACAGGAAACUGAUGUGGACACAGGGAGGAAGCUAUCCUUCUCAGACCUGUCUGUGGUCUCUGCAUACUCUGCCCUUAAUGGAUUUGGCAGUGACUUGGAAGCCUCUCUUCCCCCACAGAGGCAAAGUGUCAGUAAGACUAAACAGGCUGCAACUAGUGGAAGACCUGUAUCAGUCAUGUGCAAUACCUUUGAGCCAGUGGGUGGUUCAUUGCCUUUGCUCUCUGAACGGUCUUCCAGCUCAUUCUUGUCCUCUUCAGUUUCUCCUUCAGGAUCCCUCUCCAAGGAGCCCAAACAGUCCUUGGGACCUACCCCUUGUUCUCUAGAUGAUCGUGUUAGUGUUUGCCCAGCUUCACCAACUAAUGAAGAAGAAUUUUACAUCUGAAGUUUCUCUACCUUGCGACUUCCAGGUAAAAUGUGUUCUGUUUGUGAAUGACAGCAGUGGACCCACCUUGAGCUUGCAGAAGGUUCUUCACUGAGGAGAAGGUGAUGCAGUAGAGCAUGCUAAAUAUUUGAAGAAAGCACUCAGAUCCCUAAGAGAUAAGUGCUGAAAUGUGUACAGUAAGGCAGUGUGAGGUGGGGCCAGUACCUUUGUAUCAGAGAGGAAGAUCUGCACAGAGGCUUGUCCAUAGCAGUGCAAGAUAGAUGAUUUCUAUAACUGACCAACCCUUGGACUGGUGUUGAAGGACAUGCAAGGAAAGGCACAUAAUAAUCCAGUUCUCCAUCACAGAAACGGAAGAGUGAUUUGUGACACUAAACUGCUUUAACUUUUCGAUGAAGUUCUCUCAGCUCAGAAAAGAUGGGAGGUUAAAGGGGUCUUCUUUCCUCUGUACAAGUUCCAAAGGCAGCUCUAAGCAGAGCAGGUCCCAGUAGCGUGACUCCAGUAGAGUCAGACAAGAAGACACCUUCUUGAAAGGUUUCUUCUUGAAAACCUCCAUGUGAAGACACACAUGCUUGCAGCUAACCUCAGAGUUUACAGUGCUGAGGAGGAAAAAACUUUCAUUCUUUCCACAGGGAAGAGGAUACUCUACUAUAUCUCUUACUUUGACAGUCCAGGUUUUGGAAAGUGCCAAGAGAGAAACCUUGUGGAACAUUUUCUACCAUCCCCUCAAAAAGCCCCACCUUUCCAAUGGGGAGGGAGCAAUCUGCUUGUUUGAAACACUCUGUGCAGUCAACAAGUAAACAAUGUUUACUCUUUUUAGCUCAGGCAACACAGAGUUUAUCUAUUUAGAAUACAAAAAAAGUAAGAUAAUUCACUGUUUUUUUUAUAUCCCUACAGCACCAAUUUCUAUAUAUAUCAACUCCUUAUUUUUAAGGGGUUAUUUUACUGUCGAAAAUAUUUCAUGCAGAAACUUGUACUUCCUAUUUCCAGCCCAAGAACACUUGUUUCUGGGCAAAACAGAUUUCUACUCAAAUAUAUCAAUCCAAAGGGAAAAUAGGUCAAAUUUUAUGGGCUUUGUUUUUUCAAGUCACAUUUUUAAAAUUUGCAUUCUUGGUUACCUGUUUUGCUUCAGUUAAUUUUAUAUUAAAAAAAAAAAAGCAGGUAAAUGGCUGUUAGUAUGACAAAUAGCUAAGUACCUUCACCAGGAUUUAGGUCAUGUAAACGGAUUGCAUCAUGCAUGUACUAAAAACUUAAUUUUGUGCCAGAGAGAAAUGACACUGAUUGCAGCUGUGGAAUAGCCAGUAAGAAAAUGAUGAUAUUAAAAAAUAUAUGUAUAAAUCUGUAUGUAAUCUAUAUACAGAUGCAGAUAGUGAAGAUAUGAUGUUUGUUGUAUUACCAGGGAGUUUUACUCAGAAGAAUUGCUACUUUAGAAAAAGCACACAAGUACUCUAAAUAAUAGUUACAGAAAAUGGAACAGCUCUGCAGGCCCAUUGUGAAUGCACACUUUUUACAAGCAAUUCUGCAAAAUGUCUGAGGGAAAUUGCAUACGGAUUUAUUGAGGAGGAGGGAGAAAUGCCAUUAAAGUUGUAUCCCAGAUCCAGAAGAGGCCAGAGGGAGUGUCAGGGUCAGGAUAAUACUCUUUUCAGGCUUUUUGCUUUCAUUUUCUCCACAUAGAGAAUGAAGCAUCGUGAGGUAAGCCUUGUUUUUUGUAAUAAAUACAAAAUAAGAGUAGGAAAUUUUAUGCUCUAAGAACAUAGGAUAUUGUCAGCCUUCUCCUGCCCUCAGAACUGCUUAGUUUUACUGCAGUUGUUGGUAAACUGUGCUGUUAAGAGAGGACUGGAAGCAGAAGUAUCACCAGUGAAGGAUUUGUCAUGCUAUGCAUGUGUUUCUCUGCUCCGUAGUCCUUCUAAGUCCAUAGAGACUUUCCUCUGACUUUAGUGGCCUUUAGAUCAAAUCCUCUUAGAACACAGUGGAACUGAUUUAUUUAAGGUUGUGCUCCAUGUCAGGUCAGACCAGCAGUAUUUUCCAUCUACCUGUAAAUGACUGGGCAAGCAGCAAUGCCUGGGACAAUCAGGCUCCACAAGUUUAAACUUAUGAUUCAGGAUUUUUCUUUCAUAUUUGUGGUGGAACAAAAAAAAAAAAGAUGAAAUAGCAUUGUGUAUCCAUUGGGCAGCCAUUUUAUUAACACAAGCUGCUUCCAGAUGUGCCCAUCAACAGGGUAAAGCUGGUUCAAACCUGUCACAAAGUUUUAAUAUUUAUUAUUUAGAAGAGAAAAAAAAAGUAUUUUCAAAAUAUUUUUAAUAAUACAGAUAGCAUUUGGUCUGAACAGUAAAUCAAAAAGUCUUCAGAGAUCUGAUUUCAGCUGAUAUGUCUGUUAGAUCCUGGAAUCAUGCCAACAUUUAAACUCUUGACAAAAGCUAAUUGGGGCUAUUAAUGGAGAGGAGGUUUGGAAAUAUGUUUCAGCCUAGAGUGUGCCUCUGCGAUAAGUAGUUCAGCCCAUCUGGGGGCCAUCUCGCGACAUGGCAGGAAGCGCUGAUAUUGGAAGUCUACAAGCAAGCACAAGAUAGCUCAAGUAUCAGUUGUGAGGCUCAUGUGUGCUAUUAACCUGCAACUGUACAAACAUCUAAACUCACAAUUUUACCACAUUAAUGCUAACAGGAAGAAAGCCAAAUUAAGUUCCACAGACUCUGAAUUUGUAUUGUCUCCGUUGAUUCUGUCUCCUCAGUGUUUCUGUUCUGUUUACUGAUACUUGCCUAGAAAUGAAAGUUUUAAUUGUUUGUAUUCAUUGUGCUUGUAAUGAAAUUUUGGAAUAACUUGAGCGUUCGACUGUCAGGAAAAGCAGUGAUGAUAGUGUACUGAAAACUUUUUGUCUGUAACAAUGAAAGUCAGAUCUUGAAGAGUGUUCUGUUGAAGGUAGUAUUCAUUAAUACUCUUUCCAUUAUUUAAGCAGCGGCUGAUCUAUUCAGAGUUGAGUAUGCACAAGUUUCAAGGCACUUACUUAUGUAUCAUAUUGUUGUGGUUAAAUUAUGAACAGUGUCAUUAGAAAACUGCAGGUUUUCUUUAAACUCCUCUCCUUCUCAUCCAGAAUGUGUUGCUUUUAUUAAA